AUGGAUACUCUUCUUACUGCCGAUGUGAUGGCUAGUUCACCAAACUGGAAGCGCAGAUCAAGCACUUUCGUUGAUGCAAUUCAUGACCUGCCCGAAAAGGAGAGUAUGGCUCCUGCUCAGCUCUACAGCACUGAGUCUGGUCGCUUGUUCCACUCCGGUAGGAUGGUUAUUGCUACGGUUGGAUUGCCCGCUCGUGGCAAGACCCACACCUCGGUUGCUCUGGCAAGAUACCUACGAUGGCUUGGUGUGAAGACCCGUAUAUUCCAUCUUGGUGACUACAGGAGAGCGACAAUGGGUGAGGGUAAAGAUGUUCCCGAUGACUACUUCUUCAUCAAUGCUUCGCCUUCCUCCGUUCUACUCCGUCAGAAGAUUCUCCGAAAGUGCAGAGAGGACAUUUACAAUUUCCUCGAGCACGAGAACGGUCAGAUUGCUAUCUACGAUGCUGUCAAUCCUUCUGCUGCUGGACGCAUUUCUCUCGCCAAGGAGUUCUCCAAGAACAACGUACAGACACUCUUUAUUGAAUCGCACUGCACAGAUGAGAAGAUCAUCGAGGAGAACGUCCGCAGCGUCAAGAUCUCGUCUCCUGACUACCAAGGCUGGUCCGAUAAGGACGCUGUCAAAGACUACCUGGCCAGAAUCAACGCCCGCAUCCCUCAUUUCGAGUCCAUGGAGGAGGCCGAGCUGCAUUACGUGAAAAUGAUCAACGCUGGAGAACGAGUUGUCGUCAAUAACUGUGCUUUCAACUAUCUUUCUCAGCGCAUCGUCUUCUACCUUCUGAACCUUCAUACCAAGCACAGAUCGGUGUAUUUCGCUAGGGCUGGUACCACGAGAGACGAGGACUCUUACAAAGCUGACGCUUCGCUUUCCGAGGAUGGUGUUGCCUACUCAAAGAAAAUGAGCGAUGCCCUCAUCAACCAUAGAGAGGACGAACGUAAACAGCUCAUCGAGAGAGGCGGUCCUGAUAUUCCGUUGAAGCCUUUGACAAUCUGGACGUCUACCAGACGACGCACAGUUGAGACGUCCCACUAUCUCGGAAGUCUGGGAUACUGUGUGAAGCAACGCCCUCAAAUGAGUCAACUCAAUCCCGGCGUGUGUGAGAAGAUGUCCGAGGCUAAGAUCCGAGACCAAUAUCCUGAGGAGGUGCGCAAGCAUGAGCUUGACCCAUACCAUCAUCGUUAUCCUCGUGCGGAGUCUUACCACGAUCUAGCAGUGCGCCUGGAACCCAUCAUCUUGGAGCUGGAGCGUGAGCAAAACGACCUUCUGAUUGUCGCCCAUGAGAGCGUCCUGAGAGUGCUUUACGGUUAUCUGAUGGCUUGUGGUGCACGCGACAUUCCCAAACUGCAGUUCCCUCGCGACGAGAUUAUUGAGAUCGUUCCUGCAUCAUACAACAACGAAGCCAGACGUAUUCACGUCUCCGGAGUUCCAGCUCAGAUCGUUCCUGACAGCCCUGAAGACUUGAAGCACCCUGUGGCCCCGUCGGGUGCGAUUACGCCUUUCUCUGGCAUCGGCACACCUCAAGGUACAGGCACGCCCGAGACGAACGAGGAUGGAGUAGCCAAGCCUCUGCCGAUGGUCAAUGUCCAUCCUAGCAGAUAG